UUCUGCGGUGGUCUGUUCAAUCUCUACCACCCCAGGCAACAAUUAAACUCAGAACCCCCCUCACCGUUUCUAAAAGCGUCCGAAGCGCGGACAUGAGGAACGUGUAUUUCGCACUCGCUCUGGUUACGUGGUGUGGCUCCGGUGAGCUUUCUCCGUCGUCCGAAUUGUUCUUGGUGGGGCCUGGACAGAAUGUCACCCUUCCCUGCAGUGUACGUUUCAAACGCAAAAUAGUCUGGAUGCGUCAGCUCUCAGAAGAGAUGAUCGCACUGACUACAACAGUAAAACGUAACGUUAACAAUAGAACUUUGACCGAAUACCACAGCGAUGACAACGGUCACUUGGAAACACAAGAGGACAACCACAGGAAAUCUUUCAGCCUGAAAAUUAGCGGACUGACAGAGUCGGACCUAGGCCUGUACUACUGCGUUGCAUGGGAAAGUGAUGAAGUUCGUUUUGGAAAAGGAAUUCGGCUGAUUUUUCCAGGCUCAGGCAAACACUCUCUGUCCUGCUGGACUCUCCUGGUCUUCCUACCCCCCGCUGUCGCCGUGGCGACCGCGCUCUGUGUCUGUGGCCUGUUCCACAGGAGAGUCCACAGUCCAGCCACCUGUAGCAACCGUGUGAGCAACAAUGACAUCAUUAAGGAAGAGAAUUUGCACUACGCCAGUCUUCACCUUCCCAACAAACCCAAAAAGUCUCGGCAAAGAGAAACCCCGCCCCUUUCAGGUGACAUCACCUAUGCUUCGGUAGCUCUACAGCCUCCGACCAAUCAGAACUGCUGAUGUCACAAGUCAGGCUGCAUCUAGCGCUGUCCUUCUCAGAUGAAAAGUACCUGCUCAGUCUGUCUUUACUGAAUGUUUGUGUGUUUUUUUGUGUAUUUUAUACUUUGCCAUGCACCACGCACUUAUGACUUAAGUUACACAGCUUAUAUUGCUAUAUUGUUUGCAAAUUAAUGUCUUGAAUUUUUUACUCAAGUCGAAGGAGACAUUUCCUGCUGUGAAACCAUUUAUAAGCUUGGUGACAUCUAGUACAUAGACUGCAAUAGCUUUCUGGUAUUGCAAAAUAUAUUUGUCUCUUUAAUGCUAUGUGAUAUCGAAUAAUAUUGCAUUUAACAUCUUGACUUUUGUCCUUCAUUCUUUGCUCCUACACAUAAAAAUGUGCUUGUAUGUGGCUGGAUUGACAGGUCUGGCUUGGAAAUCAUAAUAAAUGCUUUGUUGUGUCCUUUGUGUUA